GGAGAACAGAGGGAGAACCACAGCAGGGAGGACACCUGGGGAUCUGGGGUGCCAGAUUGGGUCCAGGGGAUUAUAACAGAGAAGAGAGAAUUUAACAGGGAGAGCAGAGGAGGCACAGAGAUGGGAGAAGAGGUGGAAAUCUAUGGAGAUUGAGGACGAUCUAAAGAUUGGGGAGAAGGAGCAACAAGAGGUUAAAUAAGUUGCAAGGAUGGAGCCGGGCUAAUUUUUGUAUUUUUAGUAGAGAUACGGUUUCACCAUGUUGGCCAGGUUGGUCUCAAACUCCUGACCUCAGGUAAUCCACCCACCUCCACCUCCCAAAGUGCUGGAAUUACAGGUGUGAACCAUGGCAGCUGUCCACCCAUGUAUUCUUGAUUGAAAAAAUUUGCUUAUGUCUUAGUUCUACAGCUGACCCUGUUUCCCUGUUUUCAAGGAUUGACUUCUAAAGACUCUUGUUACGUGAGAAAGAAACCCGGAAGAGGAAGAGGAGAGCAAAGGAGUCAGGGAUGGCUCUUCCUCAGGGUCUAUUGACAUUCAGGGAUGUGGCCAUAGAUUUCUCUCAGGAGGAGUGGAAAUGCCUGGACCCUGCUCAGAGGACUUUAUACCGGGACGUGAUGCUGGAGAAUUAUAGGAACCUCGUCUCCCUGGAGUUUCGGUCUGUCACCCAGGCUAAAGUGCAGUGGUGUCACCUCAGCUCACUGCAACCUCCACUUCCCAGGUUCAAGCAAUUCUCCUGCCUCAGCCUUCCAAGUAGCUGGGACUACAGAUACCUCUUCCAAAUGCAUGAUGAAGAUAUUCUUCUCAACAGGGCAAGGCAAUACAGAAGUGUUCCACAUGGGGACAUUGCAAACACAAGCAAGUCAUCACAUUGGAGAUUUUUCCUUCCAGAAAAUUGAGAAAGACAUUCAUGGCUUCAAGUUUCAAUGGAAAGAUGAAACAAAUGGCCAUGCAGCACCCAUGAUGGAAAUCAAAGAGUUGACGGGUAAUACAGACCGACAUGAUCAAAGUCAUGCUGGAAAGAAGCCUAUUAAAGAUCAGCUUGGAUCAAGCUUUCAUUCACAUCUGCCUGAACUCCACAUAUUUCAGCCUGAAAGGAAAAUUGGUAAUCAAGUUGAGAAGUCUAUCAACAAUGCUUCCUCAGUUUCAACAUCCCAAAGAAUUUCUUGUAGGCCCAAAACCCGUAUUUCUAGUAAGUGUGGAAAUAAUUCCCUCCAUUCUUCAUUACUCACACAAAAACGGAAUGUACAUAUGAGAGAAAAAUCUUUCCAAUGUAUUGAGAGUGGCAAAUCCUUUAAUUGUAUCUCGCUUUUAAAAAAACAUCAGAUAACCCACUUAGAAGAGAAACAAUGUAAAUGUGAUAUAUGUGGCAAGGUCUUUAAUCAGAAGCGAUACCUUGCAUGCCAUCGUAGAUGUCACACUGGUGAGAAACCUUACAAGUGUAAUGAGUGUGGCAAGACCUUUGCUCACAAUACAUCCGUCUUCAUUCACAAGGCACUUCAUACUGGAGAAAAACCUUAUGAAUGUGAAAAAUGUGACAAAGUUUUCAGUCACAAAUCACACCUUGAAACACAUAAGAUAAUUUAUACUGGAGAGAAGCCAUACAAAUGUAAGGUUUGUGACAAGGCUUUUGCAUGUAAUUCAUACCUAGCAAAACAUACAAUAAUUCACACUGGAGAGAAACCUUACAAGUGUAAUGAAUGUGGCAAGGUUUUUAAUCGACUGUCAACCCUUGCACGCCAUCGUAGACUUCAUACUGGAGAGAAACCUUAUGAAUGUGAAGAAUGUGACAAAGUUUUCAGUCGCAAAUCACACCUUGAAAGACAUAAGAGGAUUCAUGCUGGAGAGAAACCUUACAAAUGUAAGGUUUGUGACAAGGCUUUUGCAUAUAGUUCAUACCUGGUAAAACAUAGUAUAAUUCACACUGGAGAGAAACCUUACCAGUGUAAUGAGUGUGGCAAGGUUUUUAAUCAACAGUCAACUCUUGCACGCCAUCAUAGACUUCAUACUGCAGAGAAACCAUACAAAUGUGAAGAAUGUGACAAAGUUUUCAGGUGCAAAUCACACCUUGAAAGACAUAGGAGGAUUCAUACUGGAGAGAAACCAUACAAAUGUAAGGUUUGUGACAAGGCUUUCCGGAGUGAUUCAUGCCUUACAGAACAUCAGAGAGUUCAUACUGGAGAGAAACCUUACACAUGUAAUGAAUGUGGCAAGGUUUUUACUACAAAAGCAAACCUUGCAUGUCAUCAUAAACUUCAUACUGCAGAGAAACCGUACAAAUGUGAAGAAUGUGAGAAAGUUUUCAGUCGCAAAUCACACAUGGAAAGACAUAGGAGGAUUCAUACUGGAGAGAAACCGUACAAAUGUAAGGUUUGUGAAAAGGCUUUCCGGAGGGAUUCACACCUGGCACAACAUCAGAGAGUUCAUACUGGAGAGAAACCUUACAAGUGUAAUGAGUGUGGCAAGACCUUCCGUCAGACAUCAUCGCUUAUAAUCCAUCGUAGGCUUCAUACUGGAGAGAAACCUUACAAGUGUAAUGAGUGUGGCAAGACCUUCAGUCAGAUGUCAUCCCUUGUAUACCAUCAUAGGCUUCAUAGUGGAGAGAAACCUUACAAGUGUAAUGAAUGUGGCAAGGUUUUUAAUCAACAAGCACACCUUGCACAGCAUCAGAGAGUUCAUACUGGAGAGAAACCUUACAAGUGUAAUGAGUGUGGCAAGACCUUCAGUCAGAUGUCAAACCUUGUAUACCAUCAUAGACUUCAUAGUGGAGAGAAACCUUAAAAGUGUAAUGAGUGUGGCAACACCUUCCAUCACAAUUCAACCCUUGUAAGUAAUAAAGCCAUUCAUACUGGAGAAACUUUACAAGUGUAAUGAAUGUGGCAAGGUUUUUAAUCAAAAAACAACCCUUGCACAUCAUCAUAGAACUCAUACUGGAGAGAAACUUUACAAACAGGAAGAAUGUGACAAAGUUUUCAGUUGCAAAUCAAACCUUGAAACACAUAAGAAAAUGCAUACUGAAGAGAAACCAUACGGAUAUAAGGUUUGUGACAAGAUUUUUGAAUAUAAUUCAUACCUGGCAAAACAUACUAGAAUUCAAACUGGAGAGAAACCUUACAAAUGUAAUGAGUGUGGCAACACGUUUGGUCAAAAUUCACACCUUGUAAUUCAUUUUUUUUUUUUUUGGAGACAGAGUUUC